AGCAGCCGGUCUGCGGGACACUGAGGACCGCAUCCCCCUGCUCGGAACCGCGCACAGGACACUCUCUGGUUUACGCAACAUCUGCUUUUCUUUUAUCGCUUUAUCCAUCAUUAUUCGUCGCUGAAAGGAACUUUAAUUUUCAUUGAGAAACUUUCACCUAUGGUUCGCGAAGAUGGGGCCAAGUUGUGGUUUCUCUCGGGGAAACAUCGCAGUGGUGCUGCCGCUGCUGCUGCUGGGAGGAGCAACAGGGCUGUACUUCCCUCAGAAUGAGUACAUUGAGACGGUGUACGUGGGCCAGGUGGCUGGGACGCCCAUCCUCCAGGUCCACGCCAUGCUGGACAGCAAAUCUGAGCAGCCGCGCUACUACUUGUGCUGGACGACCCCCAUCAGACGUCCGCCGCACAGGUCCUGGUUCAACCUGGAUGUCAACACUGGAAUACUGUCCCUGAACAAAACCCUGGAAGAGAGCGAUUUCGCCUUGCUACAUCAACACUCGUGGUCUGUAAAUAAGCUGGUCCUGCACGCCAUGGUGUUACCUAAGUUCUCCAAGAAUUCCCAGUGCAUCAGAAACUCCCCACGGAUCACUCUGGACUUUGUCAACGCUACGCUGCCUCAUUGCGCUCAGACUGAUAUGAAGGAGCUAUGCUUCCCGCACAGAGACACAUCCAACCCCCACAUCAUGGAGAACAGGUUCCCCGGGGCCCUGAGACAACUCCGCCGUCUCACCAGACUCCACGUCUGCCCCAACUACACCAUCUCUUACCAUGUGGAAUCAGAUACCCCAGCGCCGUUCGCUGUUGACGAGAACACCACAGAGCUGGUGGUGACGGCUCCUCUGGACCGUGAGGAGAGCGAAUGCUACAGAGUCCUGCUGGUUUGCACAGUCCGGACAGAAACGCUCAUCACCAAGGUGGAAACAUCACUGGACGUGUUUGUCAAUGAUGAGGACGAUAACGCACCUUACGUGAAUGGGACAGACACGGCAGAUAUUGUCAUCAGCUUUAAUCGAACAAAGGGUGGCUCUUUUGGCACGUUGUUUGUCUUUGACAGGGAUUUAACCCCCAUCUACCCGAUAGACCAGACCCACAAUAAAUAUGUAGGGACCUUGCUCAAUAAGGACCCGUGGAUAAAGGAAACAUUUGAAAUUAAAGGCACCUUCAGUGAAAAGAAAGCUGCCCUUGGAGGAAUUCGAGAGACCGUUCACGACUACCAGCUUGUCCUGAAGAGGAACCUGUUUGUGACGGAGAACCGCACCGUGCAGGUGGACUACCUGAUCAAUGACACCACCUACCCCGGGCUUGAGGGAACAGUGUCACUUCACUUCAACGUCACAAUCUUACCUGUCCACAUCCGCUUCAACAACAUCACACAUAUGUUCACAUUGACACGCAGAGCUUCUGUUUAUGCUCAGGUUGGCAGAGUCUGUGUGGAAAACUGCCAGCAGUUCGAUGGCUUCAGGGUCACAUACCGGCUAGAGGUGCCCGAUAAGAACGCGUCUGUGGAGGUGCAGUCCUGCUACACAGCCAUAAGCAUCACCCAGGCCCCGGACGAGAUGUGGGGCCUGCUUUAUGUGAACGACACGGAGGCGCUGCGCAGACCCGAGUGCGAGGACCUGCAGUACAUCGUUGUAGCCCAGGAGGAGCACACACAGCUGGAGGCCAGCACGCAGAUCCACAUCAUACUGGAUGCUGAAGCAAACAAGGCCAGCCAGGAGAGCCAGCAGUUCCUGUCGUGUGCAGAAAACAGACGGCGAGGAGACUGCGAGUCCGUCCGAGGCCUGGGGGCCACAACAGGGAGAUGCCAGUGGAGGCAAGACUCUGAGAAAGGGAUAUCUGAAAAUUACUCCACCUGCUCCCCUGACCUGCGCACAUGUCCGGACAGCUUCUGCGAUGCAGUUGAGAGCAAAGAUCCGUCCAUAUGUCCACAGGACUGUACAAAGGAAACUGUUAUUGGAGGUCAUGAACGAGGCUUGAGGAACGGGAUCCAGGCUGGCCAUGGAACCUGCUACUGCUACUCUGAGCGUUGCUUCUGUGAGAAGGAAGAUGUUGAGGAGGCCAUAUGUGACGACAUGUGCAAGACCAUCAUUGCCACAGCUCUGCUCCUUUCCUUCAUCAUCUCCAUCCUCCUGUCCUCGUACUUUAUCCACCGCUACCACAAGAACUCUCCCAAGCCGCCGAUCGCCUCUGCUGAGAUGACAUUCCGCCGGCCGGCUCAGGCAUACCCCAUCAGCUUCCCGGGUAACAACCUUCGCCGUGGCUCGCAGGACUCCAUCGACACCGAAGGAUUUAAAAUACCUGAGGAUCCUAAGUGGGAGUUUCCUCGUAAGAACCUUGUACUUGGCAAGACUUUAGGAGAAGGAGAGUUUGGGAAAGUUGUCAAGGCGACAGCAUUCAGGCUGAAAGGAAAAGCUGGCUACACCACUGUGGCUGUGAAAAUGCUUAAAGAAAACGCUUCCCAUAGCGAGCUGCGUGACCUGCUGUCAGAAUUCACUUUACUGAAGCAAGUCAACCAUCCACACGUCAUAAAGAUGUUCGGAGCGUGCAGCCAGGACGGUCCUUUGUAUCUAAUCGUGGAGUACGCCAAGUUUGGUUCUUUGCGUAACUUCCUGCGCGAGAGUCGGAAAGUUGGCCCCAGCUACAUGGGCAGAGACACCAACAGAAACUCCAGCUAUCUGGAGAACCCAGACGACAGAGCGCUCACCAUGGGUGAUCUGAUCUCCUUUGCAUGGCAGAUCUCCAGAGGCAUGCAAUACCUGGCAGAAAUGAAGCUUGUUCACAGGGACCUUGCUGCACGAAAUGUCCUGGUAGCUGAAGGAAGAAAGAUGAAGAUCUCAGACUUCGGCCUCUCCAGAGACGUGUAUGAAGAGGACUCGUAUGUAAAAAGGAGCAAGGGCCGUAUACCUGUUAAAUGGAUGGCAAUAGAGUCCUUGUUUGAUCACAUUUAUACAACACAAAGUGACGUCUGGUCCUUUGGUGUGCUGUUGUGGGAGAUAGUGACACUGGGAGGAAAUCCCUACCCAGGUAUCGCUCCUGAACGCCUCUUUAACCUGCUGAAGACCGACUACAGGAUGGAGAGGCCAGAGAACUGCACGGAGGAAAUGUACAACCUCAUGCUUCGAUGCUGGAAACAAGAACCAGAAAAGAGGCAGCAUUUCUCAGACAUCAGCAAAGAACUGGAAAAGAUGAUGGUGAAAAGUCGGGAUUACCUGGACCUGGCGGCGUCCACGCCUGCCGACGCCCUGCUGUACGACGAUGCGCUCUCUGAAGAGGACACUCCACUAGUGGACUGUAAUAACGCCCCUCUCCCUCGAACCCUCCCCUCCACAUGGAUUGAAAACAAGCUCUAUGGCAUGUCAUACCCGAACUGGCCUGAGAAGAGCCCGGUACCGCUCAACAGACAUGAUGCCACUAAUCCAGUCUUUACAAGAUAUGCCAAUGAUAGUGUUUAUGCAAACUGGAUGGCUUUGCCUUCACCCGCUAAAGCUGUGGACAAGCUCGAUAGCUAAAGACAAACCAACACUGUAGAAAGAUGAGUAAUUGGUAGAUGUGUAUAUUUCUAUAAGACUGUACAUAUACAAUCUGAUGCUAAAGUUGGUUCCCUUUUAUUUCUGUUGCACGGGGUAUUCAACGUUUUAAAACUGGGGUCUUUUUUUGCUGCAAAAGCGGCAGGAUCAAUGUAGACCACGCUUCAUCCAGCUCCUCAGUAUGUUAAUUAUUACCUCACGGGUCAUGUUGGCCAUGUUGUAUCACUGCAUGACUAUUGUACCAGAUUGUAUGCCAGUGUCAAUGUCUUUUAAGUGCCUGUGCCGCUUCUACAAUAGCCUCCAAAUAUUAAUGUGCGACUGUGAAGAUCUUGAUCCAGCCCAGGAAUUAAAGGGGACGUCUUUACCAUCACCUGCUGUAGACAGCUGGGAUUGAGUGGACAAAAAGCAAAAUGCUGAACUUGUUCUGAAAAUGUAAAGUUUCUACUUUAGAGGAUUGUGCUCCUCGAAUUGUCAAAGACCCAUUUCGUGUUUCUCCCACAAGAUGAUUCAAAGCUGUUCUUGCCAAAGAGAAGUAACACAGACAUGAUCAGUGAGCAGUUCUUUUGCUUUUGUUCUUGUUAUAUAUAUUUUUUUUACAUGAGAAAUAUCAACUAGUGAGUGUUACUCCAGUGUAAGGACCUGACACUUAAUGUAGAUCGUGACCAUGUCCCAUGCGAGACUACAGUUCACUAUUGGAUCACUGUAAUGGCAAUCUUUGUGGAAAAAGUAUGAUUAUGUAAACUAAUGAGUGUUAUCAUUGUUAUGUUGUUAUUAUUUGAUUAAGUUCCAAUUAAUAAUAAACGUUAAAAAAGUUCA